GACAGAGAAAUGAAGAACAAUCAGGUGACAGUACUGCUAAACAGUGGCACAACCAUACCUAUCAUGGGUUUUGGGACUUUCUCUUCUAUGAAUGACAGAAAGGAAACCAAGCAGGCAGUUCAUAUGGCUCUCCAGAUGGGAUACAGGCACUUUGAUACAGCAAGAAUAUAUGGGUCUGAACCUGCAGUGGGAGAGGCCUUAACAGAAGCAAUUCAUGGUCAGAUGAUUGACCGGGAAGACACCUUUCUCACUUCCAAACUGUGGAGCAGUGAUCACCAUGAUCCCCUCUCUGCACUCAACCAAACUUUAAAGAAGUUGGGGAUGGAAUAUGUGGACAUGUACUUGGUGCACUGGCCGGUGAAGUUAAAGCCUUGGGCAACUUAUGCAGUCCCAAAGGAAGAUGACUUUGAAAGUGGACUGGGCUUGGAGACAACAUGGGCCGCCAUGGAGAAAUGCUUGGACAUGGGCCUCUGUAGGUCCAUUGGUGUCAGUAAUUUCUCUUCCAACAAAAUCCAACACCUCCUGGACUUUGCUUCUGUCCCUCCUGCUCUCAAUCAGGUGGAAAUGCAUCCAACGUGGAGGCAAAGAAAGCUGAUAGAGGUAUGUGGGGACCACAACAUCCAUGUAAGCGCUUACUCACCGCUUGGUGGGCCAGGCAAUGCAUGGGGAUCAACGGCUGUGGUGGAUCACCCUAUCAUCCGAUCCAUUGCUCUCAAGCACCAUGCAACCCCUGCUCAAGUUGCACUAAGUUGGGGGCUAUCCAAGGGCGCUAGUGUAAUUGUCAAGAGCUUCAACGAACAGAGGAUGAAGGAAAACUUGGGGGCCCUUGAUCUGAGAUUGGAUGAUCAGGAUUUACUCAGCAUUGAGAAGAUGGAAGAGAGGAAAAUCAUGAGAGGAGAGUUCCUUGUCAAUGGAACCACAAGCCCAUAUAAGACCAUUCAAGAUUUAUGGGAUGACGAGAUUUGA